AUGACAAGUGAUCUAGCGAUGCAAGCUGCUUUCAUUUUGAUUACGAUCUUGAUGUUCAUGUGGAUGCAAAAAAUACCUCAAAACCUGCUCACCAAAUUCCGUUACAGAAACCGAUCAAGCUACGACGCCAAGCGUCACUUCAUCACCGGCGCUCAACUCUUAGCUAAAUCCAGAUCUACAAAAGACCACGCGUCCUCUGUUAGACUGGCCAAAUCAGCCGCCGAUGAAGCCGACAAAUCGAUCUCGCUUGAUCCAAACGACGCCGCAUCUCACAUACUCAAAGCACUGGCUCUGGAUGCGCAAGGUUUGAUCUCAGCGGCGGUGGAGUCGCUGGACGUGGCGUUGUCGCCGCUGACGGCGAAGUCGCUGAGCUACGCCGAGAGAGGAGACGCUCUGUUGAAAAGAGCAGAGAUCAAGGUCAAGGGGAGCAAGAGAGGCCGAGUCGACUCAGCGAUCGAAGACCUGGUGGAAUCGGUCAAACUCAAAGGGGAUAAUCCAAAGGCGUAUUGGUUGCUGGGAGAGUGUUACGAGAAGAAAACAAUGAAAGAUGAAGCGGUUGAUGCGUAUGAGCGUGCGCUUAGGAUUGACCAUGAAUGUGUUGCGGCUCGGGAUGCGUUGAACCGCUUGGGUUCAACCCAAUCCCAAUGA